AUGGCGUUCGAUGAGCUAACGAUUCGUUCAGCUGCUGAGGCCUACCGCCACGUGACCGUCGAGCGCGCAGCGCUGAUGAGUGAGAACGUCGCAUUGAAAGAAGCUAUCGAGGACAAACUCAAGGUUAAGGCGCAGUUGGAGCGCGAGACCCAGGAGUUCCUGGACCAGAUCCGUUCUAAUGAACCGCCUGUACUCGCUCGACGAGAUGACGAUGGAUGGUGCGUGCAGCUUCCGAACGGCGCGCCGUCCUUCUACUUCAGUCCGUUCACACGGGAAGAGUUCGACAAUAUCCUUAAGAACAACGACGUCGUGUAUGCCGAGCGUCAUCCCUGUACUGCCACAGUCGGGAAGAUCUUGGGUUGGACGGUAGACUACGCGCCUCUCGUUCGAAACGAAGCGGGAACGUCCUUCGUGGCCCACGCUCGAUUCACGAGACGGCUGCGUUGCUCUCUCGUCAAAGCGCAUAGGAUCUUGCCGCAUUUGGACAAGAACGUAUGGCCAGUGUUGGUGACGCCGAGAAGCUGGGGUUGUGCCCAGAUUGGCAGCAUUUGCUACCAACCACUUCAAAACUUUAACGAGAAUGCUCUGAUAAUGGUAGGCAACAUCCCGGGCGAAGUUCAUCUGCGGUACAUCGUCCUCGCACGACACACGCGAGAACAGCGACCCGAUGGCAAACGCGUGGACAAGUACAUCUUGACUGUCGCGGACUCGGCUGCUAACUUACGGAACAGACAAGCUGAAGGAGAGCAGGAAAACGUGAAGUGGGUUCUUCAGGGUGGCACGUACAUGACAAUUACCGAAGUGGAUGAGUCUACUAUCGACGUCGUGUUUGACCAGUGGGCCGAAUGCCUGAAUGAGGUGCACGGCCGAGAGCUCUACAUCGACUGGAUUCGAUUCCCAGUAGGAAUGGAACAGGCUGUUUCUCCGGCUAGACUUUUACGCUUUUAA